CAGUUCCCUCUGUGCCGGACAGCUGUCACGUGAAACUUGGAUGGAGUCGCAGCGCUUUCUGUGGCCGCCGCGAAGUCCAGAGCUGUUGGCGUGUGUGACCGCUGAGCACGAGCAGGCGAUGAGUCGGUGAGGGGGGAUUCACGGGGCAUCCAGAGAUGCGGAGUUUUCUGCUGUUGCUGUCUGCUCUGUGCGCCCUCAGAGUCCACUGCCUCUUCGAGGGAACCUGUCUGAGAAAAGACCCUCCGCCUGGUGUCCUGGUGUUACCUCCGGGCAGUGGGUUGGUGCUGACCUGCAGGGGUCAGGCAAAGGUGGAUGGAAUAAAGGUCACCAUAACAACAGAGAGCUCAAACACCAACAGAGAAAAGAGUUCUCUGCAUGCAACACCAGCUAACGUUAGCGGCCGAGACCGUAUCGGACACAGUGGUGACCAUUUGGUGAAAAGAGACAUACAUGGCUUAGAGGAUCCUCUAAGUGAAGGAUGCUACACCCAUUCGAAUGAGGCAGGAGUCAACACAGUGACUGGAGAGAAAAGAGAAACAGUAACAAAGAACGAGCGUAAAACACCAGAGAUCCAUCAACUCACAUAUACAGACAGAGGACACACAGUCCCCUCCGCUACUCCAACACUCCAGCCAACUAGUGCAAGCAGACCGGUGGAGGAUGAAUAUGACUGGCAGGGAGAAGAGACCGGCCGUGAGGAUGACUACGAGGAGGGGAGCAGGGUAACCAGGGGCCUGAGAAUGAGGCCGCAGUGGAAAUGGAACGGGAGGACGCUGCAGCCCGGAGAGAGCAACCGUGGAGAAAUCCUGUUUGAGAGGCAAGGGAAAGCAUUGUUUCUGCCUUCAGUAAGAGCCACAGACUCUGGGAAGUACAGCUGUCAUAGCAGGGGCAGAGUGCUCUCCUCAUUUAAAGUGGUGGUGGCAGAUCCUCCUGAGCGCCCCAGGCUGUCCUGCUACAAGAAGUCACCCAGCAGUAAGAUUCGCUGUCACUGGUCACCCCAGCAGCCGGUCUCCAUGCAGCCUUCCUGCUACAUCCUCCUCAGUAAAGGGAUGUCAUUGCCCUUCUCUCGUCACGAGUGCUCCUACUCACCCCGGCUGUCUCGCUGUUGGUGUGCUCUGGACCACGAAGAGGAGGAGCUGAGGUUGCUGUACAUGGUCUACCUGUGUGUCACAAGUGCUGCAGGAAAUGCCACCAGCGCUCCACUGGAGUUCAUACCCUGGCACAUUUUGAAGCCAGACCCUCCGUCAGGAGUGGCAGUCCGACAGGAGGAGGGCCAGGAGAAAAGGCUGAUUGUCACCUGGGGUUACCCUUCCUCCUGGAAGUCUCAAGACAGCUUUUAUCGCCUCAUCUUUGAGAUCCGCUACCAGCCCAUCCAGUCCUUAGGGCUGAAUGGAUCACAGCAUGAGGCCAAAGACAAAGACCAGCAUUACUUGAUCAUCGAUGCACUUCCUGGUGUGGAGUACAUGAUACAGGUCCGGACUAAAGAUGAAUAUGAUGGUCUCUGGAGUGACUGGAGUGAACCUGUCUACGGCCGCAGUUGGACAGCUCUUAGGCCAACAGUGUCUGAUGAUCCGUCUACCACAAUGACUCCAGUCUACGACGAUGAUGAAGUAUCAGGUGACGGCAUGGUCAGUGGCAUAGUGGUUGUUGAUCCACCUGGCAAUGAAGAUGAAGGGGAGGUGUGGCAGGUCGUCCUGUGGAUCUGUGGUUCAUUUGUGCUCCUGUCACUCCUUUUGGCUCCUUUCAUAUUCAGACACAAAGACAGGCUUGUAUCUAAACUUCAAAGUCUAAGUGUCGCCACCCAAUGCAGCGACUGCUCUCAUCCUCCACCCACUGCUCCCACACCCCGAGAGGGGCAGGCCCUGGUGACCUUUGGCCCUCCACGUUACAAAGAACCCUUACCAAAUGAAGCGGAAGAAGAGGAAGAAGAGGAAGAAGAGGAAGAAGAGGAAGAAGAAAAAGAGGAAAACGAGAUGGCAGAGGAGAGGAGGGAAGCCAUGCACUUCAACAACACAAGUUAUUUCUUGGUCCAGAGAGAAUGCUAAUGUACAGAAAAUGGCUGAAAGUGACUCUGCUUCAUUUUUCACAUCAGUGCCAUUGUUGCCAACAAAGGACAAUGAGACCCAAACUAUUAUCAGCCCUCCUGUUGUUUUACAUUGACAGCAAUCUCAGAAAGCAGCUUUAAAGCUCCUUAUCUCCAUCUCUCUCUCUCUCUACCUCUCUUAAUCUCACUCACUUGAAAUACCUCUGAAAAACUCGCUUUUUUGGUUGUUUUUGUCCAAAGAACAGCCAAGAAAACAUUUAAGCUAUUCCACUGUGUGUCUAUGUCAUUUUACAAUUAAAUAGUGUCAAUCAAUUGCAUAGACAUAUGUUUUUUAAGUUUCCUUUUUAUUUGUAUAUCAUUUUGUUGGGGCUACUCAAAUAAAAUGUCAUCACACACCUGCUCUCUCAUUGUUCUUGCAUUUUCUUUACAAGUUAACAGGAAAUAUACAGUCUAACAUACUAGUCAUCCUUGAAAUCU